CAUGCUCGCUCUCUCUGCCUUCCCUUCCUUAGUAACCACACGCACCAAGCCGACGUUCGCCAGUACCAGCAAAGCCGAGCCAAUCAGAGCAAUGCGAGCCGUGGUUCAGCGAGUCGCCUCCGCAAGCGUCGAGGUCGAGGGGCGCAUCGUAUCGGAAAUUGGGCCGGGUCUGCUUGUCCUCGUCGGAAUCCACGAGUCCGACUCCGACUCCGAUGCUGACUUCAUUUGUCGUAAGGUCUUGAAUAUGAGGUUGUUCCCUAAUGAAAAUACCGGCAAAGGAUGGGACCAAAAUGUAAUGCAGAGAAACUAUGAAGUUCUACUAGUGAGUCAGUUUACAUUAUAUGGAUUCUUGAAGGGUAACAAGCCAGACUUCCACGUGGCAAUGCCGCCCCAAACGGCGAAGCCCUUCUAUGCAUCUCUAGUUGAGAGGUUCCGGAAGUCCUAUGAUCCGGCCGCCAUCAAAGAUGGUGUAUUUGGAGCAAUGAUGAAGGUCAAUUUGGUUAACGAUGGACCGGUCACGAUGCAGCUCGACUCACAUGCCCCAAAGAAUUCAAAUGGGGCAGUGGAGGAAUCAUAAAGGUUGCAUGUGCUUGGAUCAACUGUAAUUGGGCUAUGGACCUAUGUUUCUUACUUCUAUGCUGCAGAAUUUGGAAAGUAGCUUUACAGGAUACAGGACACGAUUAUCCCUUGUUGGGAUCUUUCUUUGCUUCUUCCUUUCUUUUUUAAUUUAGUUAAUGAGUAAUGAAGUAUGUACAUGUGAGUGAUAGAGGUGAGAUUUGUUGUCCUUAAAUUUCAUAAGGUAACAAUCUGAUUUUCAUCAAUCCAAUUGUCGAAGUAAAUUUUUGGACGCCUGGAUCGACAACAGAUUUCUUUCAAAAUAAAGAGAAGAUGGUCAUCGGGAGCCUUUAAUACAUAAAUGAGUAGGGUAUUUUAGAGAGAAAUCGGAAUGGUGUGAUACGUCAAAGCCAAACAGAUAUACAACUAAAUUAAGCAUACAUUGAAUUACAGGGACAAAAACUUGGGUCAGCAGGUAAGUAUGA